AUGUCAGCUCCUGUUCCUCAAUUAGUAAAUAUUUCUCAUGCCUUGCAAGCUUCCACUAUCCAGCAAAUUCGUUUGGAUAUGGUAGAUUUUAAUAAAGAUUGCAAAUUAUCUUCCAUUCAACUGGCAAGAAUUGACAAGUACAUCGAUUCUUUGCAAGCGGCUUUGAACCAGUUUACUAAUGAUAACUUGCACAUAGAACGGAAGGACAAGAACGUGACUGCAGCAGAUGUACAACUGUAUUCCGGCUUAAAAUCAAUGUAUCUAGAUUAUUUGAACCAGUUAAUUAAGCUAAAACAUGACAAACAACACCAUUCUACACCACCCAUCGCUAACGAUGUCUCGCUGGACUUUUUCGUCAAUCAAUUGCCCAAGUUUUCUCCCGAGGAAAGGAAAAAUUACAUUGAUAAUUUAAUUCUAAAUAAAAACAGUCAUAACCGUUUGUCUAAAAUGGAUGGUCUGGUAGAUGCGGUCAUUAAUUUAUGCGUCUUGGAUACUUCUGUCGCUGAAAAUGUACGAUCUUAUAUGAAAUUAUUAGAUACAUUGGGCUUCCAAAAGGGUUCGAAUAGCACUGGUACAAAGGUCAACCUCAAAAAGAAAUUAACUAGUUCGAAAGCAAAGACGAAAGAUUCAGAAAAAGAAAAAGAAAAGGAUAAGUCUAAAGUUAAGACGAAAACUAAACUAAAGCCUUCUCCUCUGCUCAAUAACGAUGACAAUAAUUCUUUGUCAUUGCCUUCUGCAUCUACUUCUUCGAUGAAGAAAUUGAAAUCGGGGUUAUUCAAUAAAAAUGAGGUUAAGCCCUCUACAGAAUCCUCAACUGCUUCUUCCAAGAAGAAACUAUCAUUUUCUAAAUACCUGAAUAAAGAUGACGCAGAUACUGCCAAGCUCGGGAUUAAACGACCAUUAGAUGUGGAUUUUAAAGUCGACCCCGAAGUGCCCAUGACAGCUUCUAAUAUUGCAUCAUCGUCGACGUCAGCAUCGUCAACCACAACAAUAGCGACUCCUGCUUCUUCAGAAGAGCCCUUAAAGAAGAAAACCAAAAAAUCCGUGCGAGACUCUAACAUACAAUCAAUUUUGAGAAACGGUAAACCAAAAAAGACACGCAUAAGUAACAUCAAAUUUUUGGAUGAUUCCCAGCUAAUAAAAGUUUACGGUGACGACCUACCGAACCAAGGGUUAAAAGUUUCUCCUACUCAAUUGAAAAAAAUUCUAAAACCGUUCAAAGAAGGGGAACCAAAGGAAGUUAUAUUGUUCGAGGAUAUGUCAAUCAAACUAAAACCUCUUGACUUGAAAUUCCUGAAGAACACAAACAGUGAUGACUACAUGGAUAUAUCCGAGACUAAAGGUGGUCCAAUACAUUGUGAAACGAGGACCCCGUUAAUCUAUAGAAAAAAUUUCAAUCAUUUCAACCCGGACUUGAAUAAAAGACCGCCAAGAGAACCGAUAGAAUUCGAUAUGAAUGGAAAUACAAAUUCAAAUCCCACUAUAGCGAAGGCUUUCGGUAAAAAUAGUCUAUUACUAAGGAAAGAUAGAGGGGGUUUGCCAUACAAGCAUGUGCCCAUAGUAAAAAGAAAUAAAUAUCCUCCAAGACCAGUUCACUAA